UGUCUCAGAGGCAUCUCAACCAGCUGCAGACUGGCAUGUUCCCACUGUACAUGUAGAGACCCAGCAGUGCCACAGACAGAUGCCAGCCCUCCCUGGGAGAAUCACUGCACCCUCAGGAUUUAACAUGAUCUUUCUGGUUGGGCUCUGCUUCUGCUUCUCUCUUAUCCUGGGAAAUCAGGAAUCUGAGAAUACUGAGAGUAACUUGUCUGAGUUUACAAUAACAAAUGGCAUUGCUGAAAAAGUUGCAUCUCGGUUUCCAAGACAAGUACCAUAUGCAUCACGGAGGGAAAUCAGGCCCAUUGUUACUGACUUCACUGUGAAAUCCACCAUUAUGUCUCGCUACGCCUUCACUGCUGUGGCCUGCACCAUGGUGAAUAGGGCUGUAGAGGCGAAAGAGGUUGUAUUCCAGAUGCAGAUCCCAGCCGCAGCCUUUGUCUCUAACUUCACCAUGAUAAUUGGAGGAAGAACCUAUCAUAGUGAAGUCACAUGGAGGAAAAAAAAUAGAGAAAACAAUAUGCAGGAUUAUGAAAAAGAUAGAGGGGAGAAUGGAAUGGAAACAUUUAAUGCAUCUGCCGUAAUCCCAGGUCGAAAUAAAGGAGUUUUUCUGCUGAAGUAUGAGGAGCUUUUGCAAAGACGUCUAGGAAUGUAUGAGCAUGCAGUCAGUGUCCGUCCACUGCAGUUAGUAGGCAACCUAUUGGUGGAGGUCAAUAUUUUGGAAACAUCUGGAAUUACUUAUCUAGAGGUUCUUCCUCUUCAGAACAAGCAGAAGAGUAAAAAUACUGAUGGACCAGCCCCUCCUCCAUCCACGGUAAUCAAUCAGACCGAAAACUUUGCAAGGAUAACAUUUAAGCCCAAUGUGUUCCAGCAAGCAAAGCUAAUACAAAAUGGGAUUCUGGGUGAUUUUGUUGUUCGCUAUGAUGUCAGAAGAGAGUUCAGUGUUGGAGACAUUCAGGUGUUAAAUGGAUACUUUGUGCAUUACUUUGCACCCACAGAUCUGCCCCCACUGCCAAAGAAUGUGGUUUUUGUGAUUGAUACAAGCGCUUCUAUGGUAGGAACUAAAAUUAGACAGACUAAAGAAGCUUUAUUUACUAUUCUCCGGGACCUGAGGCCUGACGAUCACUUUAAUAUAAUAGGAUUUUCCAAUAAAAUCAAAGUUUGGCAGCCAAACGAGCUUGUCAAAGUCACGCCUAACAAUAUCCGAGAUGCGAAGAAAUUUAUUUUUGGCUUGUCACCCACAGGAGGUACAAAUAUAAAUGGUGGCAUCCAGACAGCAUCAAAUCUCCUAAAUGAUUAUCUUGCUAAUAAUGGCAAGCAUGAGAAGAGUGUCUCUCUGAUUAUAUUCCUGACUGAUGGGCGACCUACUGUCGGGGAGAUUGAAUCUAGCAGAAUCUUGGGAAAUACUAAAAACGCUAUUCGAGAAAAGUUCUGUCUGUUCAGCAUUGGAUUUGGAAAUGAUGUGGAUUUUCACCUGUUAGAGAAACUGUCUCUAGAAAACUGUGGCAUGAUGCGUAGGAUCAGUGAAGACGAAGAUGCUGCACUUCAACUUAAAGGGUUUUAUGAUGAAAUUGGGACGCCUCUGUUGUCUGACAUACGCAUCGACUACCCAGAAGACAGUGUUGAGUACAUAACUCAGAACAUGUUCUAUAACUACUUUAAUGGGUCUGAAAUUGUGGUGGCUGGAAAGCUUCUUAACCAUUCCAAAGAUAUCCUGCACGUGGAAAUCAAAGCAAGCAACAGCAAUAAAUAUGUUAUCCUUGAAGCAGAUAUAAAGAUUGAAGGUGCUGGACAAAAUGAGAUUACUGGAUCUGAAAUCCUUGAGGACGGUGAGGAAUACAAGAACCACAUAGAACGGCUGUGGGGUUACCUGGCAUUCAAGGAAUUUCUGACAGCUUGGCAUAAAAGUGACAGUGAUGUCGAAAAAGAGGCAAUUACAAGAAAAGCCGGCAGACUUGCACUGAAGUAUAAUUUUGUGACUCCAUUUACAUUGCUUGAGGUCAAAGACAAUGGAUUCCAGGCAGAUUUUCCCAAAGAGGAUUCAAGCCCCCUUUAUACAGAGGGGAUUGGUCAGAAACUACUCACACUGCAAGGAAAAAAAGUUACUCAAGAAAUUCCAUCUAAACUAGCAAGCAAGAACAAACCAACGAUGUCAAAAACAUCAGCGGAUGGCGAUCCCCAUUUUGUUGUCGACUUCCCAUUGAGUAAGUUGACAGUGUGCUUCAAUAUUGAUGGUGAACCCGGUGACAUACUGAGACUUGUGUCAGACCACAAAAACUCUGGUGUAACCGUAAAUGGAGAGUUGAUAGGAGCUCCAGCCCCACCCAAUGGUCAUAAGAAACAAAGGACCUACUUCAGCAGAAUUACCAUUAUCAUUAAUAAGCCAAGGCGCACCUAUAUAGAGGUCACUCCUUUCAAGGUCAUCCUGGACAGUAGAGACCGCCUCGUUCUCACAUGUGACAAGAGUGCAACAGUGAAAAACGAUGAUCUGAUGGUCUCCAUUGCCGCUAAAUCAAAUGUCACUGUAACCAUCCAAGGGACCAUCAGCUUUGUAAUUCUGGUUCAUCUCUACAAAAAUCCAGCCCCAUAUCAGAGAAAUCACUUGGGAUUUUACAUCUCUAACAGCAAAGGAUUGUCUGCUAAUUCUCAUGGACUUUUAGGUCAGUUCUUAUAUAAUGAAGUUAAAGUCACCAAUGUGUCAGUAAGCACCAAAGGCCAAUCCCCAACCCAAGCUUCAAAUGUUAUCAGUAUGUUGAAGGUGAGAAAUCGCUCAAUCCCUGUGAUUAGAAAGCAAAGGAAAUUGUAUAAUGGUCUUCACCAAGUUGACUGUUGGUUUGCGAAAAACAAUGCUGAAAAACUGAUCGAUGGAAUUUAUCACGAUUAUCUGGUAUCUCAUCUUUUCGACUGUGGGAACGAUUUAAUAACCAAUGAAAUUUAAAGCAUAAAUAAAUCAUCAUGGACAACAUUGGUUAUAUUCAGCCAGGAGGCGAUUUGUGGAACUAGAUGAUGAUGCCAGUUUUCUUACAUAUGAAUCUAUCAUACAUAGUGGGCAUAUACUGCAGUAUUUAUGGGUUACAGAAAAUACUGCGACUUGCUUGCACAAAGUGUUCUUUGAGAACAGUUCAAAAUGGACCAAAGCAAAUGUUUUCUAUGUAGUCGACAUGAUGCUCAACCUCAUCACUGCAUAAAUACUGUAGGUGCAAAAGGCAAAGAUUUAUUUUAAUCAUACUUCCAUAUUGUAUUGUAACUACUUGUGUGCAAUGAAGGGCUGCAUUGUUUACUAGAGUCAUUUACUAAAUGGUUUUUUACUAAUCACCCUAUUUUUUCAUUUGGGUUUAAAUGUAUUUUGUUAAAUGGAUUGUCUUAUGGAUACUUUAGGUCAAGAACAUUUUAAUCAAUGAAUAAACCACUUCCAUUUUAACAUAUACAUUAGAAUUAAACAUAGUUACUACAAGAGAAUGUGUUACAUAGAGCACUAGAUACAUUUGAAGACUGGAGGAUCCUAUAUACAUUGAAAUGGAUACCAGUUUACAUUGGUUUAGCUGAAUGUGAACAUUCAGUCAGGAUUAUAUCACUGUAAGCAGAUUUUUUGUCCGGCUGAAUCCCUGCA